AUGGUAAAGCAGAAAAGUCUAAUGAGCAGCAACGAAGAAAAAGAAGUGAAUUUCUGGGAGCAAGCCAAACAAGCUAAUUUCUCCUCUGUCACAGAGUUCCUUUUGUUGGGAUUCUCCAACCUUGGAGAAAUCCAACUCAUCCUCUUUGCUCUUUUUCUGUGCCUAUAUCUGAUUAUCCUGAGUGGGAAUAUCACCAUUGUCACUGUCAUCCACCUGGAUCGCAGCCUCCACAUACCUAUGUACUUCUUCCUUGGGAUCCUCUCCAUCUUUGAGACAUGCUAUACCUUUGCCAUUCUGCCCAAGAUGCUCAUAAAUCUGUUGUCUCUGCUCAGAACAAUCUCAUUUGUUAAUUGUGCCACUCAGAUGUUCUUCUUCCUUGGUUUUGCCAUCACUAACUGCAUGCUGCUGGCAGUGAUGGGUUAUGACUGUUAUGCUGCCAUUUGUCAUCCACUUCGCUACCCUGUCCUAAUGAACUGGCAGGUAUGUGGACAGCUGGCAGUUGCUUGCGUUGUCAUUGGUUUUUUAUUCUCACUGACGGCUCUCUUAGUCUUUAAACUCCCCUUCUGUGGCCCCAACAAGAUCAACCACUACUUCUGUGAUGUCUCACCUAUCAUUCGACUCGCAUGUGCUGAUACCUAUGUCAAUGAAUUGGUCAUCUUCAUUGGUGGAGUUGUAGCACUCAUGGUCCCCCUGACUUUCAUCUGCAUUUCUUAUGGCUUCAUUGUUCACACCAUCCUGAAGAUCCCAUCAGCUGAAGGUAAGAGAAAAGCCUUCUCCACCUGUGCCUCCCACCUCACUGUGGUCAUUGUCCACUAUGGCUGUGCUUCCUUUGUCUACCUGCGACCCUCAACCAAGUACACAUUCAGCAAAGAUAGACUGGUGACAGUGACUUAUACAGUGGUGACCCCACUGUUGAACCCCAUGGUAUAUAGCCUCAGGAACAAGGAUGUCCAGGUGGCCAUUCGGAAAGUGAUUGGCAGAGGAGGAUUUUAUCCUAAGGCUCUAAAAUGA